CUCAUCAGCGAGUAUUUGCAUGGCUGAAGGCGCAGUCGGGGAUAUGACUGAGGACCAGUAGCGGUUUAAUUGCGGCUUUGAACGCAGACUGCUGUUCAUCGGUGCUUUUCAUCAUUUCGCACCGUUAUUCCGCUUCCUUCAUGCACACCCUGAGGACUAUGUGAACACAAUGCUGGCGGUUCGGUGCCUGCUUUUUGCUGCAGUGAGCGCGAGGUUUGCCGUGACAGGCUGGAAGCGCUCUGGGAGGCGCGAUGCGAAUAUAUGGAAUUGGGAAGCUUUGGAGGACCGAGGGGAACACGGCACGGCCGCUGAAGAAGUCACCAAACCCAAGCGGCUUUUGCAGCAGAUGGACUCAGAGGGGGAGAUUAUUCACGGGCACCUGGAUACGAGAGUAAAGAACGACACCGAGGGCGCUCCGCCUGUACAUCUGGCCCAGAGCAGCUUCCAGCUAGAAGCCUUUGGGAAGACGUUCAUCCUGGACCUGGAGUUAAAUCAUAACCUGCUGUCCUCCGGCUAUGUGGAGCGGCACUUCAGCAGCGAUGGGAGACCUUCACAGACUGUGGGAGGGGAACACUGCUAUUACCACGGGCGGGUGCGUGGGGUGCCGGGGUCCUGGGCAGCUCUCUCCACCUGCCACGGCCUGCGUGGCAUGUUCUCAGAUGGACAGUGUUCCUACGGCAUUGAGCCGGCCCUGGAGAGCAGUGAUCAGGCUGCGAACGCCCAUGUGGUGCACAAGAUGAGCCCGCCCUGUCCAGACUGCACACAGAACAGCAGUGACCCCCACAGUCCCAAGGGCGCUGAGGUCUCCCGGGCCGACUCCACCAUCACAGGGGCACUGAUACGGUCGAAGAGACAGGUACGCUGGAGCCAGCACACAGUCCAGAGUGAGACCAAGUACAUCGAGCUGAUGGUGGUCAAUGACCAUGAACUGUUUUUGCAGCUGCGCAGCUCAACGUCCCAGACCAGGAAUUUUGCCAAGGCUGUGGUCAACAUGGCCGACGCGAUCUAUAAAGAACAGUUGAACACCCGGAUUGUGUUGGUCGCCAUGGAAACGUGGUCGUCAGCAAACAUGGUCUCCGUGGGCGACGACCCCCUGUUGACCCUCCGUGACUUCAUGAAGUACAGGAAGGAGAGCAUCAAGGAGCACAGUGACGCAGUUCACCUCUUAUCGGGGCGCACCUUCCGGAGCAGCCGCAGCGGGACGGCCUACAUGGGAGGGGUCUGCUCUUUGACCCGAGGAGGGGGUGUCAAUGAGUACGGGAAUGUGGGAGCCAUGGCCAUCACAUUGUGCCAGAGCCUGGGCCAGAACGUGGGCAUGAUGUGGAACAAAGACCGCACUUCUGCAGGAGACUGCAGGUGUCCUGACGCGUGGCUGGGCUGCAUUAUGGAGGACACUGGGUUCUAUACCCCGCGCAAGUUCUCCCGUUGCAGUGUGGAAGAAUACAUCCGGUUCCUGCAGAGGGGGGGUGGGAUCUGUCUCUUCAACAAGCCCAACAAGCUGCUGGACCCUCCGGAGUGUGGGAAUGGGUUUGUGGAGGUGGGGGAGGAGUGUGACUGCGGCUCUCAGCUGGAGUGUUCCCGAAGUGGCGGGGCCUGCUGCAAGAAGUGCACGCUAUCCCACGAUGCCAUGUGCAGCAACGGACCCUGCUGUCGGAGCUGCAGGUAUGAACAGAGAGGGGUGGUGUGCAGGGAGGCGGUCAAUGAAUGCGAUGUCCCAGAGACCUGUGCGGGAGACUCCAGCCAGUGUCCUCACAACGUUCACAAACUGGACGGGUACAUGUGUGACAGCCAGGGCCGGUGUUAUGGGGGGCGGUGCCGGACUCGGGACGGGCAGUGUAGGGGACUGUGGGGUCAUGAUUCGGCGGACCGGUUCUGCUACGAGAAGCUGAACGCGGAGGGCUCGGAGAAGGGCAACUGCGGCCGCGACUCCGCCGGGCACGGCUGGCUGCAGUGCAACAAGCAGGACGUGUUGUGCGGGCUGCUCAUGUGUGCCAACAUGACGGUGAAACCAGCGUUUGGAGACCUGCAGGGAGAGGUGACCAGUCAGACCAUCUACCAUCAGAACAAAUACCUGGACUGCCGCGGGGGCCACGCGCUGCUGGAGGACGGGUCGGACCUGGGCUACGUGGAGGACGGCACUCCCUGCGGACCCAACAUGAUGUGUCUCGAUCGCCGCUGCAUCCCAUUGGCUGCCUUCAACCUCAGCACCUGCCCCAGUUCCUCCCCCUUCCACACCUGCUCCGGCCAUGGGACCUGCAGCAACGAGGUGAAAUGCAUCUGUGACCGGGACUACACCGGCAAAGACUGCAGUUUCUACGACCCCAUCCCUGAACCCAAACCUCGGGAAGGGCCGGAGAAGAAGGGUCCCAGUGGUACCAAUAUCAUUAUAGGGUCCAUUGCAGGCGCUAUUCUGCUGGCAGCAAUAGUCCUAGGGGGGACAGGAUGGGGAUUUAAGAACAUUCGAAGAGGAAGAUCUGGUGGGGGAUAGGAUAUCUGUCACUGUGUCCUUUUUACAUAAAAGAAGAAGAAGAAGAAGAAGAAGUCUUCCUCAUUCCAAAACUCCCACAAUGCUUUUCUCUAGUUUGUCCCUACUUCUUUAUCCCCCCACCGUGUUUCUCUCCUCUACCGUUCCCCUCUCUCUCCGUCCCUCUCCCUCUCCGCCGGCCUUCCGAGGGCCCUCACACCGAGCAUUCCAACCAGACCUGACUGCCAAUCACUCCUGCCAGUGUGCGCCGCGCAGCCACGCCCACGACAACGCUGUCAUCCGACCAACGGCCUUCAGACGGCCAUCGAGAACCCGCCCCCCGUCCCGAGCAGCAGCGGCCUGGGCUGGCGGAUUACGAUAGCGUGGCCGCUCCAAGAUGGAGACUCUGUGCCGUCCUCCUCAGCUGCUUCAGUCAAACAGACUGCAGAGACCUAUCGCAAGGUCCCGACUGCCAAACCGGCUCAAACCGAUUAACUCAAUGGUGCAUCGGCAAGUCUACCAGGAAAGUUUAUUUUGUUAAGAUAGAGGUGGUGGCGACCGUGCCAGGGGAAGGAAUCGAGUUAAGCUAGUGCUCAGGCUGGUUGGUCCCGAGACGGCCAAUUACGAGAGAGUAUCGCUGUCCUAUCACGUCGCUCCCUGUGUUUUUCUCGAGUGUUCUCACUCUAACCUCUGUCCUGAAGGGAGUGUUUCUGGGAGGGGAAGGGAACAACAUGUCUGUCUGUCAACGAACAUAACUGCCCAGUGCAAGGGAGAAGCAGUCCCGAUGCAGUUUGGAAACGGAUUUGCCCGUCUUCGCCAUGGGAUUAGGUCAUGUCUUGAGCUGCAUGUCAGGGCACAACCACCACUUUUAAGAAAACAUUCUGUUCUGAAUCAAUCAUCCAUCCACCGCAUGGAAUUGUGGGUAAACAAAAUGCGUCUUAGGCCUAACGUGUAUCAGCUGCCAGACACUGGCAUUGGAGCUCACUCCAGCAUUCCGGGGAGACGCCAAGCAAUCAAAAUAAAAAGCAGAGUGUGACAACAUCUACAUCUACGGUCUGGGUAGUUCGAAUAAAACAUAGAUCUAAGCACUUGAUACCUGUAGGCACCGUCUGUACUAAAUGGUGUUCACCACAGUCAGGAAGAACUCCUUUUAAAGCUCCUUUAAAACAAUGAACGGCCCUGUUUCCAAAGAAAAGAAAAAAAAAUUAUUGUGAAAGAAAAUGCACUAUGAUGAAGACUGCUUCAAGCAGUGCUGAGGAGUGAACAGAACUGCUGAAGUUUGUUUAAAACGAUGUCUGAACCUUAUGGGCAUUAAGCAUGUUGUAUGGGUGGUGUUCCUCCAAGGGGACCCACUCGAACUAAAGAGACACUGUAGGAGUGGUCAUCUUCAGUGACUUUUGACCUCAUGUGUUGUCUACUAACAUUCCACCAUUAGUCCUUGCUAUUUAUGUAUGCUAAUUUAAAAAAACGGGGGGAAAAAACCCCCCAGAAAAAAAACAGUCAACAUGCAGUAACACAACAAUUUCUCGCAUUGCAGACAUGCGUAGAAUAGUCUGAAUGCACGUGUGUGUUUGCCAGUAUUUACAAAUGUGUACACUGCACAUACACACUCUUAGACUGCCAGCUGAGUACGUAUUAUGUGUUCAAUGCAACAUAUAAAAAAUGUAUGUGAUACAGGACAGCGGAUGCAUAUACUGUAUGUAUAUUGAAUACAAUGUAUAUACAUUUGUUUGUAUAUACAUUGCCUGAAUCCUUUUUAUUCAUCACAAGAGUCACCGUACAUGUUCUUAGAAACAAAAUGGGGGUGGCCUGUGUGCUCUCUUUUUAAAAAAGGCAAAUCCAUGCAGGCAUUGUCAUUCAGUGUGUUCUGAAUAAUGAAAGUUCAGAAUAAUGUAUCCCUCUUAUUUUUAAUACGUCGCAGAGUACCAAUAUCACCUGGGGUAUAAGGCACCCACUUUGUUCCACUGUACAGAAUGAAUUCAGAGAAUUUAGUGGAUUUGCCACCUUUAGAGAGUGUCACCUGCACACCUCUAGCCACUUAAACGACAAGCUGGAAGGAGCUGUAUCAUAAUAACAUCAUCACUUCCAAUGGGCCUUUGCAGGUACAGAAGAAAGAUAGUGAAAGGGUUAUAAAAGCAUAGCAUACCAAAUGAUCAUUUCUGACUUGAGUUCCCUGACACAGGAUUGACGGUUUUCCAGCUGACUAAGGAGCCCAGCUUAACCCUGUUCCCAGGGUUCCCAGGCUCAAUGUGGGGUUUGUUUGCAGUUCCCGUUCAGUUGGCAACAAACAGUUUGACCAACAGAGCUGCGCAUCUCAGUACACGGAGAGAUCCUUUUAACCCCUGACGGGCGGAUGUGACCUGUGCAUUACAUCUCCCUGAACAGACGGAUGUGGCACCAGCGUUGUACUUGAUCACAUGACCGUUGAGAUGCAUUGUGAUUCCUUGGCCGUUUUCUAUAGAGCGCCUUAGUCCAUAACGGGUGAAGGGAACUAUACCAGGGUGCUUUACUACUGCUUUACUGUACAACUGGCAAACUGCUGCUUUCUCACAAUGACUCCAUCACAUCACAGGGUCAAUAUCUGUCUCAUGUUGGUCUCUGGUGCCAAAGUUGCAUUCUGGGAUACGUAGUCCGAGGGCACACGGUAAAUACCAGGCCCUCUCAGGCUUACAUCGGACAAUGCGCGAUGACUCUGUUCUGUUGCACCCCGCUGUGACUGCGUUUAGAGUACGUUUCUCAGAGGGUGGAAUUAUGCUAAUGGAUUAGCUUCUUAAUGUAAAGCACUUUAGAUCUUUGGACAAAAGGCCAUAUGUUCAUGCAAGGUAAAGUUUAUUUUUUACAUUUUUAUUUUUGGGAAUUAAAUUUAAGGACGAUUUCACAAUUUAGUUUGUGGCUUGGUGGGGUAAUCCACACAUGCAGCUUCUUGAAGCUUCCAUGUCCCAAAACAAACCUCUUGAUUGAAAUACAGAAAUACAGAUUCUAUUUUAAUUGCAACCAAAAGGCCUCCAUCAAGCAAAAGGUUAACAUUUAUAGUAUGACCAAAGGCUACAUUUGAACCAAGGUUAAUCUGAAGCCACUGGAGUUCUGAAGAUAUUCCCCUUCUAACAACCACAAAACCAGCACUAUUACCCCACCCACACCCAAAUAGUGAGUUAUAAACGCAUCAUUGGUACACCUCAUCCAACCACAUCUCUCCGCUGUCUGUAAACGGUGUCACAACUUUUGCACCAUUGUCACUACCCUCCACCCAAUCUCUUUUCCACCUAUUACUACCCUGAACUGCCCCCAAAUCUCUAAUGUCUGUUCUUGUUUUUUUAACUUUCAUGUACCUAUCGGUGCUGUAAAAUCAUGACACUUAAAAAAAACAAAACGAGCACAAACAGUAUGUACUGAGCAUUAAAUGUGCUUGAAUACAGCCAUGCAUACAUCAGCUUGUACAUAGUUUGUAUACUUAACAAACACGUGUAAUAUAUGAAAAUAUAUAUACGGAACAGACGGAGUCGAGUACGAUCUGUUAUUCUAGAAUACACCUGUCUAGAUAUAGCCGGCUCAGCUCCACGUGCAGAAUUGUACAUGUGUCCAUAGUUUAAGCACCGGGGAAUGUUCCUAUCCAGGUGCGAACCUGUACAGUACAUAGGGAAAUAUACAUAUUGUACAUGAAUCCCUUUACAGCUGACUGUUUUGACUGUACAGUUGGCGGGUGAACAGAAGUCAAUGUUACAAUUUUAGUUUUUUUUUUUUUUCAAUGAAUGCCCUAUUGUUCUGUCUAGUGGGUUAGGCGUUUCCUUUUCCUUUGAGAUAAUAUCAAAAUUCCUUUCAAUCCACUGGAAGAGCAAGACAAAUACAAAGGCUUUGGCAGUCAAUCUCAUAUUUUUAAAGCUAUCUUUAUAAAGAAAGGGUCAUUGAGAUGAAUGGACUUUAAACCUCUACAUGAAAUGAAUGAAUGAUACAUGAAAUGUGAAAUAAAAUUGAAAAAGAUAAA